UCUGAGGUGCCACCAGGACUCCUCAUUGUUUUUGUUUGCCUGUAGUGUCCAGCCCGCUCCUGGAACUCUCGCAGAAGUUACUAAUUUCACUGCUCUUCUGAGGAGACAGUAAACAGCAACUCAUUAAUUUAACCUGGGUUUGACACUCUUAUUGUCUAGCGCUGUGUUAGUUUAUAUUAAAAGUAAAGCACAUUUAUUAAUCAAAAAGGUAUAGAUUUAAGUGAUAUCAAGUAUAAUAAAUAAAGAUAGAAAGGGUGACAGGGAAACAAAAGCAAAUAUACCCUCCUAAGACUAAAACCUGAUUUAACAAACUAGAGUCUUUUGGUCAAAAAGGAGUCUUUCUCAGCAAGUCUCUCUUCCAGCAAUGGCUUACAAGCUCCUCUGGCCUUGAUCCUUUACAGAGUUCAAAGUGCUCAGUUUCGAUGUCUCUUUAACUAAAAGGAUCAUUCAGGGGUUCUCUGACCAUUCCUUUAUAGUCCAGUAAACCUUUGAUGUGUAUUCUUCUGAAAUGUAUCCCUCCAUGCCCCCUUUUCUCCUGCGGGGAAGAUGUGGUCUGGCGAAGGCUUCAUGCUGGUUCCUCCCUCCGGUGAUACUGAGUGGUUAUCUCCUUCCCUUGCUAGCUUGGUGGCUUUGUUUACCUUUUCUGUAAAUGGAUUUCAAGUGUCUCUCAAGUUACCUUGGAGACAAAUGCAAACAGGUGAAACCACAUUCCUUUGUCUAGGGUGGGUACCUUACGUUCUGCCUGGCACACAAUUGAGAACCUAAUUCCACCAUGUUUGUAAUUUUGCAUGUCACCCAUGUGGUUAGAUGUUGAUAGAUGUUUGGCUGCGUGUGUGUUCCCAAUGCGUGCCGCCCCAGCCUUGCGCAGACAGCUGGCAUAGCAGACCUCAAGCAAACUACCCAAUGACCACAAGAUCCGUUAAGGGACGAAGGCACCCGGCCAGGUUUAUUGUCGACGAAGCACUGUACUAGUAUCCCGCAGACUCUACUGGACCACUAAUACGUGAAUGCCCAUAACAAUGGACCAGCUCAGUGAAUGGCAGGACUUUCCGUUCCUCCCUAGGCCAGACAAAGAUACUCCCUCUGAGAUGCAUCUUUAUACCCCAAUACAAGCAACAGGUGACUGGAUGGUGAGUGAGAAUCAGGAGCAGAAUCCUCAACGGGCAGAUGCUAAGCAAGUGGAACUGCACAGAGCAUUAUCACAAAGAUCUAAAGGAACUGUGUCCAGGAGUCGUGAGCAGGGAAAAGUUUGUGAGAGUCAGCACAGGUCAAAGAGGCAGCAGGGAAACCAGCGAGGGGAGAAACUGAGUAAAUCUACAAAUAGUCCAGGAACUCACAAGCACCUCAAGGAAACCAGAGCCCAGCAAAGAAUCCCCACAGGAGAGAAAAACAACACAUGCACUGAGUGUGGGAAAAGCUUCAGUAGCCCCUCAAAGCUUAUUAGGCAUGAGAGAAUCCACACAGGAGAAAGACCCUAUACCUGUUCUGAGUGUGGGAAAAGCUUCAAUGAUAUGUCCCCCCUUAUUAGACAUGAGAGGGUCCAUAUAGGAGAAAGACCUUAUGAAUGCUGUGAGUGUAGGAAAAGCUUCACUCAGAGUUCAGCACUUAUUAGACAUCAUAGAAUCCACACAGGAGAAAGACCAUAUGAAUGCUCAGAGUGUGGGAAAAAUUUCAAUGACAACUCACACCUUCUCAGACAUGAGAGAAUUCACUCGGGAAAAAGAGCCUAUAAAUGUUCAGUGUGUGGGAAAACCUUCACUUACCGCUCGGGCCUUAUUACACAUCAAAGGAAACAGACCAUAUGCAUGCUGGGAGUGUAGGAAAAACUUCACUGAUUGACCAAGGCUUAUUUGUCUUCAGAGAUUCCGCACAGGAGAGAAACCCUAUAAAUGCUCAGGGUGUGGGAAGAGCUUUUAUGUGUACUCACACCGUGUUGAGCAUCUGAGGAUCCACAAGAGUGAUAAACACCAUAAAAAACUUGCCUAGGGCUGACAAAAUAUGUUUUCUUUAAUACUUUGGUUAAUUCCCACAUAGUGAACUCUAAGGUUAUUUGCACCAUUUGGUUCGCCAUGGUCCGUCAGGUCCCCCAGACGAGUUACCUGCUUUUGCACAUGUACAGUGGUUGAAGUUUUCAAAUACAUUUCUGCAUAAAGUAACCUGACCGCCACCAUUUUUCCUAGUUUAAAGAAACCUAGAGUAUCACUUUUAUACUAUUCCUCCCACUGCAAAGUGAUUGUUAGUCACCGAGUUCCCUCUUUGGGGACAGAUUGUCUCAUUCCCAGUUGUUCUCAUGUUACCCUGGGUUGUGCAGAGCAGCAUUCCUUUUUUGUAUUGUUUUUCUCAUUUAAAAUAUAUUUAAAUAUAACCAAGAGUAGGGACAGGCAAAAGAAUGUUGUUUCAGCUUCUGUUAGACCAGAAGGUGAGUCGGAGGUGUGAGUUCUCUCCUUCCCCAACACCCGAGUAGUGUCAGCUUCUGUCUGAGCCAUGCAAUGUUUAUCUUCUCCACAUUCUAAUCCUCCACCUACCAAAGUGUCACAUGAUGCCGUAUGCUCAACUCUGUGAUUCAGAAUUGUGCUUUGAAAUCAGACUCAAUAGUGCUGCAGAUGAAUGUGUCACACAUCUGGAAGGGAAAUUUGAAUGGAUCCCAAACAGAAUGUGAUCAUUUUUAGUCUAAAUCCCAGUUUUUUGUGUGUAUGUGUUUUCUUUUCUUUUCUUUUUCUUUCUGUGUGAUGUCCCAGCUCUGUGCAGGUAGCUGACCCAGUAGACAUUGAUAGAACUAUGUAGAAAGAGCAGAGACUCGAUUCGGUGGUGAAGGCGCUCGGCCAGGUUUAUUGUUAAUGAAGCAUGGUCCUAGCACCCCAUAGAUCCUACAGAUAUGCUAACACAUAUAUGCCCGUUACAAGAGACCAGCUCAGUCAACAGCAGGACUUUCUGCUGCCCCUGUGGCUGGACGAGGGUUAAGGCGAGAUAGCCCGACAUUUAUAAACUGAGACACAACUGGGAUAAACAACUUACAUACCAUCUUACAAGUUUCAUUACAUUGCUUUGUUACCUCCCCUUGUUUCUGAGAUCUUGGACAAAACAUCCCCAUUCAUUAUUUUGUCAAACCAUCUCAUCUUGUAUUUGAUUGGAUGUAUCUGUACUAGCUGGAAUAUAUUUACAUAAAUAUCAAGUAUGUUGUUAUGUUGCCAAGGCCAGGCCUCCUCUGGUUCACAGCUUUUGGUUGAGCCUCAGAUCUUGCACGAGGCCCAGUGUGUCCAGGCACAUGCUCAUGCUCUUUCUCUCUCUCUCUCUCUCUCUCUCUCUCUCUCUACUACCCCAGGUACUAGCUAGGCCACUUCGGGACUUUUUCCUGCUUGGUUGGAAUUGUUUGCAGAUGGGAAGGUUGGCUGCUUUUUCCCCAUUAUGAUUGUUAAUACUUUUGUAAAUUACACGACUUAAUAAUAAUGAGACAGUGCUCAGUGAAGUAGGUAUCAGAGGAGAAGACAAUGGAAGAAUCAUGUAACCUGCUCUGGAAUUUUACUUUAUAUGAAACUGGAAGUGUCUGACACCUCUCUGAGAUGUUUUUUUCCCCCUCUUUCCUGAAGGCCAUUUGGUCACAUAACUAAAUAGUAGUUUUGUUUGAUAAAUUGUAGCUCAGAUUUAUUGGGAAUUUUGAGACAAGCGACCACUUGCUAAAAUAGUCAUUUCUUACUUUGUUUUUCUUACUCCCCGUCCUUCCAUGGUGGCGUGAAGUGCAGUUCAGUGAAGAGAAUACUCCACUCUAUUGGACCUGCUACGCAGGACUCAUUAAUAUUUUUUAAUCUCCAAUCUGAGAUGAUGAACAACAGCAGAUUCCAAUAGUACAACUAACUGAAGUAACUGCAUAUGUUCACAGUGUUGUUCAAUUGUGUAGGUCAAUAUUGUCAGAUCCUCCAGGGACCGACUGAAUUACGCAGUAAGUGACUUGAAACUAGGCAAAAUGUCGGUCUUUGAUUUCCAAAACAGUUAUAAUUCAGGUCUCACAGCAGGUUACCCAUGAAGCUAAUCUCCUAAAUAAUCUUAUUAUUUGGAAAAGGAUAUCCCUAACUAUGCAGAUGUAAAUAGAAAUGGUGUGUUUGCUGAACUCAUUCUUUGUAUGUGCUGCAAAUGUGGAUAAAAUGACAUCUUUCUUGAAGCAGAAAAAUAACGAUUAUGAUAGAUUUCAGAGUAGCAGCCAUGUUAGUCUGUAUCCGCAAAAAGAACAGGAGUACUUGUGGCACCUUAGAGACUAACAAAUUUAUUUCAUGGGCUACAGAGAAAUUACGUCUCUGGUAGCUUAUAGAGAUUCUGAUCCAGGCCUGUACAUAGUUCCUAAUUUUUGACAUGUGGCAUCAUAUUAAAGAAAGAAAUUAGGUAUAUGUCUGGGGAAUCCAUUCUUCACUAGCACUACUGAAAUUGUGAGUGGUUUGAUAAGGAAUUCUAGUACAGAGAAGUGUAAAUUUAUCCUGCCCUAGGCCAAGAACUUGGCAAGAACGUAGAGAGAAAUAGCAGCUGUCUAGUUGUUUGUUUUCACCCAGGAGAAGGAAGUUGUGGUUUAAUAUGGCACAGAUAAAACUGUUUACAAUGUCACUGUGUAGUUGAGUGGCACUGAUUACAGCCCCAAAGGCUGCCAUGGUGAGAUUGGGAACAAUUGUCCUUUAUUAUUUGGAUCCAGUGUUUCAUGAGGCAAAGUGAGAAAGAGCUGAUGCCUUCAGAGGACAUUCCUUCCCCAUGGGUCCCAAUCUGGCUGCCUUCCAUGCUGUGCAAGUGGUGAUAGCCAAUGAGGGAAUGAAUGUGUCAGACUGCAGGAUACGUGAAUUUUGAGUCCUGAUUCUAUGUGUUGGUUUCUUAGGCUGUGUCUACAGUACAGAGUUUUGUUGUCAAAAGUUAUGCCUCUUUUUAAUUAAAGCACUUUAAUUAAA